AUGACUGUGGUGAAUGUCACCUUCAGUGUUGACUUACAAGGGCCCUGGACCCCCGCCGUCAGGGCCCUGGACCCCCGCCGUCAGGGGCCUGGACCCCCGCCGUCAGGGGUCCUGGACCCCCGCCGUCAGGGGUCCUGGACCCCCGCCGUCAGGGGUCUGGACCCCCGCCGUCAGGGCCCUGGACCCCCGCCGUCAGGGGUCCUGGACCCCCGCCGUCAGGGCCCUGGACCCCCGCCGUCAGGGGUCUGGACCUCCGCCGUCAGGGCCCUGGACCCCCGCCGUCAGGGGUCCUGGACCCCCGCCGUCAGGGGUCCUGGACCCCCGCCGUCAGGGGUCCUGGACCCCCGCCGUCAGGGGUCCUGGACCCCCGCCGUCAGGGGUCUGGACCCCCGCCGUCAGGGCCCUGGACCCCCGCCGUCAGGGGUCCUGGACCCCCGCCGUCAGGGCCCUGGACCCCCGCCGUCAGGGGUCUGGACCUCCGCCGUCAGGGCCCUGGACCCCCGCCGUCAGGGGUCCUGGACCCCCGCCGUCAGGGGUCCUGGACCCCCGCCGUCAGGGGCCUGGACCCCCGCCGUCAGGGGUCCUGGACCCCCGCCGUCAGGGGCCUGGACCCCCGCCGUCAGGGCCCUGGACCCCCGCCGUCAGGGGUCUGGACCCCCGCCGUCAGGGGCCUGGACCCCCGCCGUCAGGGGUCUGGACCCCCGCCGUCAGGGGUCUGGACCCCCGCCGUCAGGGGUCCUGGACCCCCGCCGUCAGGGCCCUGGACCCCCGCCGUCAGGGGUCUGGACCUCCGCCGUCAGGGCCCUGGACCCCCGCCGUCAGGGGUCCUGGACCUCCGCCGUCAGGGCCCUGGACCCCCGCCGUCAGGGCCCUGGACCCCCGCCGUCAGGGGUCUGGACCUCCGCCGUCAGGGCCCUGGACCCCCGCCGUCAGGGGCCUGGACCCCCGCCGUCAGGGGCCUGGACCCCCGCCGUCCGGGCCCUGGACCCCCGCCGUCAGGGCCCUGGACCCCCGCCGUCAGGGGCCUGGACCCCCGCCGUCAGGGCCCUGGACCCCCGCCGUCAGGGCCCUGGACCCGCCGUCAGGGGCCUGGACCCCCGCCGUCAGGGGUCUGGACCCCCGCCGUCAGGGGCCUGGACCCCCGCCGUUAGGGGUCUUGGACCCCCGCCGUCAGGGGUCCUGGACCCCGUCGUCAGGGCCCUGGACCCCCGCCGUCAGGGCCCUGGACCCGCCGUCAGGGCCCUGGACCCGCCGUCAGGGCCCUGGACCCGUCGUCAGGGCCCUGGACCCCCGCCGUCAGGGCCCUGGACCCGCCGUCAGGGCCCUGGACCCCCGCCGUCAGGGCCCUGGACCCGCCGUCAGGGCCAUCAGGAACGCAGCAAACCCUAA